AUGGCGAAGUCGAUGGCUAACCGGGACGGACAAAUUGCCCGCUUCUGUCUCGUAGCUUCCUUCUCCGCUCUUUUCUGGGCUUCGCUUCUCUGCUUCCGUUCCCAACUCCUCGGCGGUCCAUCCGCCGGUGACAACAGACUACAACCACUCACAUUCCCUGUCCCUGCAGCUCACAGCAGUGUCCCUCUAUCUGAUGACAACAAGGGCCGUGGCGACACCGACGUAGAUGAUGACAAGUUUCCGUUCAUGAAAGCUCUGAGGACAGCUGAAAACAAGACCGACCCUUGCGGCGGUCGCUACAUAUACGUCCACAGCUUGCCUCCGAGGUUCAACAGCGACAUACUCAGGGACUGCAGGAACUUGAGCCCCUGGACCGACAUGUGCAAGUUCAUCGCCCACUCCGGUCUCGGACCUCCCAUGGUGGACAGCUCUGAAAGCGUCUUCUCUGGUGCCGCCGGAUGGUAUGCGACAAACCAGUUCGCAGCCGACGUCAUCUUCGAUGCCCGGAUGAAACAGUAUGAAUGCCUGACUGACGACUCCUCUGUUGCGGCUGCUGUUUUCGUGCCAUUCUAUGCAGGGUUUGACGUUGCCAGGCACCUAUGGGGCAGCGGCAAUGUGGCGGUCCGUGACGCCGCUGCGCUUGAUUUGGUGGAGUGGCUAGCGAAGAGGAAGGAGUGGAGAAUCAUGGGAGGGAAGGACCACUUCCUCGUCGCAGGACGAACCGCAUGGGACUUCCGGCGCCUCACGGACAAGGACUCGGACUGGGGGAACAAGCUCCUGCUCCUGCCGGCUGUCAGGAACAUGUCAGCGCUAGUUAUCGAGUCCAGCCCGUGGGACUCAAACGACUUUGCGAUACCUUACCCAACCUACUUCCACCCCAAGAAAGACCGUGACGUCCUCGCCUGGCAGGAGAGGAUGAGGAAGUCCGAGAGGAAGUGGCUGUUCUCGUUUGCAGGCGGGCCCCGUCCCGGGAGCCCGAGGUCCAUCCGGGCACGGAUCAUCGACCAGUGUGAUGGCUCGCAGCAUUGCAAGCUCAUGCAAUGCAGCCUUGGGCUCAGCAACCUCCAAUGCCAUUCGCCGAGCACCGUCAUGAGGGUCUUCCAGGGCUCGCGGUUCUGCCUGCACCCUCAGGGUGAUUCCUACACCUGAAGGUCGGCCUUCGACUCUAUCCUGGCAGGUUGUAUACCCGUCUUUUUCCAUCCCGGGUCUGCCUACACUCAAUACACAUGGCACCUGCCGAAAGAAUAUACCAGGUACUCUGUUUUCAUCCCCGAGGACGACAUAAGGAAGAAGAAUGCAAGCAUCGAGGACAGGCUCGGCCAGAUUCCACCUGAGAAGGUGGAACAAAUGAGGGAGGAAGUGAUCAGCCUUAUCCCAAGGAUAGUGUACGCGGAUCCGAGGGCGAAGUUGGAGUCCGUAAAGGACGCAUUCGACGUUGCUGUGGAGGCAGUGAUUGAGAGAGUGACAAGGCUGAGAAGGAACAUGGUUGUUGGACUCAAUAAGUCCGAUGAUUUCCUGGAGGGGAACAAGCAAUGGGAUGCCUUUUUCUCAGAGCCCAGGGACUGA